UUAACCACCUGUCGCAUUUAUUAGUUAUUUUAUUCAUGAUUCCUUUUAAUAUAUUUCAGCUACAAUGCCAGGAAAAAUGAUUUGUGAGGUCCUCAUCGAAGCUUUCAUGGCGCCUCACAAACGUCUCAAAGGAACUGAGAGAGGGCAAAGAUUAAUAGACUCUGUUAAUUUUGCAUUAGAGUCUAGAUUCCCGCACCUCAAGAAUGUAAGGCGGCAUUGGAAUUUUCGGAGUAUGAAUAAUGGUCCAAAAUCACCAAUCUCAAAAACAUCCCACAAACAACGACACCACGGAUUCAACAACCGGAAGGCAUCAUUACGAAGAAACAAGAACAACAACUCCGAUACCACACAUCGUCCACACAAACGAAGCAGAAUUGUCAAAGACCCAACAGAGAAACUACACGAUGAAUAUAACUACGAGAGGUUAUUACGGAGGAAUAUGUACAAACCAAACAGUCUUGAGUUACAAAGUGAAAGAGACCGGACAGCGACGACGACCAACACACAAAAGAGAUUCAAUAUCAUAACACCAGGAUACAACAUGCAACCCGCAACGAAGUCAACGAAAAAAACGACAACAACGCCAUGGGCUCAAACCUUCCCGCAUUUAGAAAUGAGGAGAACAACCGACUAUUACUACGAAUAA